GACUUAAGUUAAUGAAAACCAGGGCAACCAUGAAGUCCAUGGUGACACGGCCAGUGAAUCCUCAGGCCAACAAUGCAGAGGUGAACAAAUCAGGGGAAGGAACUGUGAAAGGAGCAGAGUCGUUUGAUCCAGGAUGAGCCAGACUUAGAGUACACAGGUCAGCUCUUAACAUCUUCACGUCAAAGUGUUUAUAUUUCUAACACCCAAACAUCUUUUUUCUGCUCUCUUAUAAUCUCUGCUAGUUGUCUUAUGUGCGUGCGCCGGUUUUGGUCGUUGUCUAUUUAGUUGUCUUUUUUUUUUUUUUGUUAAUUGUCCUUUUUACAUAUAUAUUAUAUAUAUCUAUAUAUGUUUGUAUAUCAUGACUUCAUCGACUGUAAAAUACAGGUACAUACUUGCAUUUUAAAAUUUUACCUAAAAAAAAAAAAAACUACGGUUAAACACCUCUUCUUAAGUACCAGUAUCUAGAAUUCGUACAUAUCUUCCCUCCUGGUUAUGUCAUGUGACAAACACCAAUACACAACAGGAAAAUUUGAUAAAGUUUACCGGGAUCUAGAAAAUUCAUAAAUGUUUCCUAUACCAUACUAGUGUUGGUGUUUAGUGCUUUGACAUAGUAUAGAUAGAACUAAUCCAUGUGUAUGACCACUUAACUCUUCAGGUGUGCAUUUUCAAAUGUGUAACCAUCACCUUGGCUUUUGUUUUAUGCUUGCAAAGAGCACUAUUUGACCGAAUGAGUACACAUAAUAUUUUUAUCCCCAUAAUGUCACUUCUCUAUCUAGACUAUAUUGAUAAGAAAUAGCAAGUCUAAUCACAAAUCUUUACAUAUUAAUCACAAAACAGAUUUACAAUGUAUGUUUUUUCCUUGUGUUUUGGAAUGCCUUUCUUGCCCUUGCAUUGAAACUUCAAAAAAUGUAUAUAUAAGAAGCAUAUAUAAGAAGCACAAAGGAGCUCUUAGAUAUCAUUUGACAAUAGACAGAUUCUUGUGGGGAAAAUAUGAAUGUUUGCUUAUAAUGCCAAUAUUGACUAGAUAUUGAUAAACAGACAAGCUAUUCAUGCUUUUUACAUUAUAUAUGUAAAUAUUAACGAGAUAUGGCACUGUGCUCCAAGAUACAGAGAUAUAAUGCAGAAACUUAUGGGCUCAUGAAUAAAUGUCAAUCAUUUUCUCUUUUUCCACAUAGAUAUCGCCCAAUAUUUCUUGAUGUUUUGUGGGUAAAAACAGUGUACAAGCAGUAUUAUUUUGGUAGCUAGAAGACUCUUAACAUUGAAUCAAUUUUACUAACAGUGUGGGUUUGGUCAUCCUAUAUUAAACUUCCGUAAUUACAAUUAUUUAACUCUCUCUUUCAUUCAAAGAUAUAGAAGCACUAUGCAAAGAAAAAAAAACCUGUAGGCUUCUUGUACAGAAUCACAGAAAAUUAGAUUUUAAAAAGGAAAGUCUGUAAUUCUCCUUGGAGUUUGCUUUUUGACACAAUACCUAUAUACUCCCCCCACGUUUGUUUGCAUGUUUAUUGUAAGGUGGAUUGAGAGUAGUGAACUUGCAUUGAUUUUUCAAGUAAAUAAUUUAAAUAUAUCAACUUAAGAAACUCUCUCGCAAAGAAGCAAUUUUCUUUUAAUUAGAAAAGAAGUUUUUUUUCUCUGUCAAUUUGAAUAUUUCUCCAAUUGAUAUGUGAAAUCAUUGUGUAAUGUACUUAAUGUAUAUAAAAAUCCAGUGACUAUAUACCAAGUGUUUUGUUAUAAACAGGGGGAAUUAACUCCUGCUCACUGUGGGUAAAAUGCACUGUUCUGUUGUUGCUUCUUUCAGCAUGCUGGUGUUCAUUAAGUGGAGAGACAUAUAUUUACCAGUACAUAUAGCCUCGCUUCUUACCAUCUGCUUGAUCAUUUCAUUUCAUAGAGAAUAAAUGUGGAAGCAAAAUGCAGUGAUGUUAUAUUUCUAGUUUUGUUGUGUAUGAUCAGUGUUAACAAUUUUGAAAAUCAGUUAAAAUGGUCAAAGGCUGCAUUGAAAUUCAUUUAAAAAAAAAAAAUUGAUACUGUAAACAUACUGUAAACUUACUGUAAACAUACUGUAAACUUUACAUGGAUGUUUGAUAAGGCAUACUUAGUAUUUACUACUAACUGGACAUAUCGGCACAAUACAGAACAUUUCCAUAGUUGCAACACUUGACACUAAAGCUUUGCUUAGCAAGGUUGCUCAGUCUAUAUACAUACAACAGUAUUCCAUGUAGACAACUAAUGCUUGGUGUUUCAAAAUCAAGGUCCUCUUGAUCAAAGCUGCAGUGGUUUUUCAAUAAUUUGACAAUCUUCUCUGCUGGGAUUUUGUUUGUUCAAUUUCACAUGUAAAGUAAAUAUUAAAAUGACUGUUUUUCAUAGUUGAGAGAAUUUACAGAAAACACUUGAUCAUUUUAUGUGUACUAAUUUGAGCUUGCAUAUUGUUUAUGGCAUAUUGUACUGGGUAGACUGUAUAUAAAAGUAUAGUGCAUGAAGAGAUUGACAAAAAUAACCUUGUAUUAUACUAUACCCAGUUCAAGUUUCCUUGGCCAUGUACGUUGGCCGUGUGUGUUUAGUUCUUUUCUGUCUUUUUUUAUAACAAAAAAAAAAAAUGCAUGCUUAAAUCAGGUGAAAUCUUUUGGUUGUUUUAUUUUCCUUUCAUUUUAUACCUAGUUUUAGACUUUGUAUUUUAUAUCUACAUAAUUUACUCACAAUGAAUCAUUUAUUAAUUCUAAUCAAAGGAAUUCUUGUGUGUGCGCUCUCCAUUAUAAAAUGCAAACGUUAUGAAGCAUUUCACCAUUCCUAAAAUGACUAGAGAUUUGAAUUAACAUAGUUAUGGCUUUCUUACACUGUAUUUUAGUUCACAGAAUGAUAUUAUAUUAAAAAAAAAAAAUAAUCAUCUCAGGAUGCCUGAGAGGUGUGCACAUAAACUGCUUAGAUAAUUGUGUUGGUUAAUUUAAAGUAAAGGAAAAUGAUAUUCUAUGAACAUGUUUUAAGCAAAGAUAAAGAAUUUUGAUGUUCCAACUCAAGUUUUAAAGCUAUAUAUUUUUUUUUUGCAUUGGGGAAUAAUUAGUUUGAUAUUGUUUGUUAAUUUUUCCAGUGGACAUUUUUAAUGACAGGGAAGUGGUAAACUUUGCCUUUACAAGUUUUCUCUCUCUUUGAUAUUUCAUAAUGUAACUUUAUAGACAUUGUAAUAUGUUGUUGGUAAAAUUACAGGACUUGCUCUGCAUAGUUUUAUUUUUUUUUUUUUAUUCUUAGCAAAAUGAAAUUAUGAAUUUAAAAUGAAUAUAAAGUAUAAGAUUAAAGCUCUCAGCUGAAUGAUGAUCUUCUCUCUCUCUAUAAGUUGAUGUCAAUUCUGCCUGUAUUUUGCUAGACUGAUUUAUUUUGUUAACAGGAUACCGAGCUUUUGUGUAUGUAGUGGUGUUCUUCUGUUUCAUACACUUGUCUCUCUGCAUUCAUAUAAGAUCCACUCCCUCCUUCUCAGAGCGAAUCUUAAAGCAUAAUGCCACAAGUUUUUACAAAGAUAAAACUUUCCAUUCCAUCAUAAAACUUUGGAAUUAUUUCAUGGCCAAUUUGCAUCGUCUGCUCUGAUAAGGAAGGUGGAUCUAUUAAAUUUGUUACUUCCCAAACCAACCCUGUCCAAUGAAGCAUGUUUGGUUCCACUUGACAAGUGAGCUCAGGCAGGUUUUAACACCUUGUUGCUGGGAACUUGAAACAUGUUUCACACAUUGUUCACUUACAAUCUUCUUGGUGAUCCACUGGACUGAAAAAUACCAGUCAAGUUUAAUUUAAUAGGAUUUUGAGUUGAUUAUGCAUGGCUUAAAGAAUGAUAUUUAAAGGUUUCAAGUAGAACUUAUUAUCUCAUGAAAUGGUCCAGUGCCUCACCAUGAAUUUAACUGGUAUUCAUAUCUGCUUGUGACAUGUCAUUAAAUGUAAUCAAGAGAGGUCCACAGAUUUGGAUUUUGUUUGUUAUACUUGGCCUACUAAUUUCCCCUUUGUUUGAAGUAGUGGCUUAUAUAUGGGAGAUCUUGAAUCUGCAUGAAUGUAGGGCAUCAUCUAGGCGUAAUUUACAACAAAAUCUUGCCAAUUCUUUCUCACCAGAAAAAAAAUAAGUACAUGACAUAUCUGUAAUGUGAACAGUUAAUAUGAAUUAUCUACAUCUUUUAGUUUCUUAUGAAAUUCAAAACUGUUGAAAAAGAUGUUGGCAAGUGUGUAUGUUUCUAUUUUAACACCAUUUUCAAAUCUGUCACAAUUUGGCAUUAUUGGCUUUCGGUGGUAACCCUGGUUAUGGAUUUGUAGCCAAAAAAAUCAGAUAAUAACUAUCUGUGUUUUAAUUUUUUUUCUUCACGAAGGUAACACUCCACCGAUGUAUAUAUAUGUAUAUAUAAACUGUAUUCCUAUUCCUUUCCUGUUUGAAAUUUAAAAAAGAGUUUUUUUGAUGUAUUUAGAUGAUAGUUGCUGUGUAGUACCUCCUGCCUGCAUUAUAGGGUUGCUAUUUUAUAUACCAACCGUAUUAUUUACCUAGACCAGGAAAUGUUUUUAACAGAUUUUAACUGCUUUGAUUUCUAUCUAUUGAUAGGAAAAACUGAUGUGAAAGGCAAGAUAGCAAUCAAGAGUGAAGCAGUGGUCCAAAAUGCUCCUGUGAAAGAGGAAAAACGCAGGCGGAUCACAGUCGGCAGAUUGGAUGUGAACAAACCUGUGGAGAAGGCAGAUUCCUCAAAGAACAGUGGUGGAAACUCGCCCAUAUUUGAUGUGCCACAACCCCUGAUUCGUGGCCCUAAGGAGAAAUGUGAUGGGGUAAAGAAGAAGGAGGAAAACCACACAGAGGCUGAAGAUGAUGCUGAAAAGGAAAAGAAUUCGUCAGUGUCUUUUUCCUUCAAAAAGACAGGAAACAAAGUUGGAUCCUCGGCAGCUUUUCCAGAAGAGAAAGAAGAGGAGGAGGACAACAGUGGAGAAGACAAGAACCAUGUGGAGUCUCCACCUGCUACAGAACACCCUAAAACAGAGGAGGAAGCAGCCACACCCAAACCAGAGAUCAAGGAUGGCUAUCUGAAGGUGAUAAGCAGAGAUGAAAUCACAGAGCUCAAGUGGCCUGCAGAAAUGGUGAAGACAACCACUACUGAACCACAGAUUUAUUACAGCUGUGAUCCUCUUGUAUUUGACUUUUGCGAUUUAUUGUCAGAAAAACCAGCAAAGAUGGAGAAGUUCAAGAGUAAUAUAUCUGCUUUACAUACUAGUAAAAUUGAAAUGGAGGUGAACGAGAAAGGUGAUGGAGAGAAAACUGAAGUUGAAAAUCAUGAAGAACAGGAGACAGAUGUUAAGGAGGAGUCGUCAAGACGAAGUCGUAGCAAGCACAAGAAAAAGCGUAAAAAGAAAAAGAGUAAACAUCGUAAUGAAUCCAAAGAAAAGGUUUACAAUGGAGAAGAAAAAGAAUCCACAAAUAGAGAGGAUGGAAAGAAGUCCAAGAAGAAAAAGAAAAGAAAGAAGAAACAUAAGAGUUCAAAAGACGACCUGGAGAAAUCGGAAGAAAAGAGCAAGACUGUGAAAGUAGAGGAGGAAGCAGAAACAAAUGACAAAGGGCAUGACUCUGAGGCUGAAGUGGGGGAUAUAGAAGACAGUAUUGAUUCUGAUGGAGAAGACAGCAAAAGUAAAAAGUCCAAACAGAAAAAGAGAAAGAAAAGCAAGAAAUCAAAGAAGAAGAAAAAGAAGACGCAUCAUGAUGAUGAAGGGAGUAGGAAAGGAAAGGAGAAGAAAGAGAAAGAAGAGAGUGGUUCAUCAGAUGAGGAGAAGAAAACAGAGGUUGAAAAGCCAAGGAAGUCAAAGCGUAAAGGGAGUGCUAAGCCAAACAGUAGUGAUGAAGAAAUUACUGACAAGAAGACUGUUCAAGAUAUUCAAAAACAGCAGCCUAAAAAUGACAAAAAGCGCAAGCAUGAUCCAGAGGAAACUAUGCCUGUUGAAUCCCCUGUGAAAAACAGGAAGCAGUCUCCAUUGGAAAAAAAUAAUAACACACCACCUGCUGCUAAAGAUUUGGCUGUAGCAAAGAAGGUUAAGAAAGAUGGAGGCAGCGGGUCUGAAAGGAAAAGUGUUUCUUCACGAAGGAAGCGUCAGACCAGUGAGUCCAGUUCCAAUGCAACUCCUGUGAUUGCAAAGAAACAAAAAGUAACUCCAAAACAAGCCCCUGAACAUGGCCCCAUAACAGAGGAUACUUGGAGCAAAAUGGAGAACAUGUUUGAAGCGAAAUUACCAACCAAUCCGAAGUCAAAGUGGGAUACUAGUGAAAGUGAGACAGAACAACAUGAAAAAACAACAGUAAAAGAAAAGAAAACUGUACCAAAACCUGUGCAUAAAACUGCAUUGAAACAAACUUUGCAUAAUAGUAUUAAAGAGACAGUGAUAAAAGAAAAGAAAUCCAGUAAAAAAGAGAAGAAAAAGAGAUCUAGAAGCAGAUACUCCAGCAUGGAUUCCCGCAGCAGAUCAAGAAGUCAUAGUUGGUCAAGCAGAAGUCACAGAUCGUCAUCUGGAAGUUACUCCAGAUCUAGAAGUAGGAGCAGACGGUCAUACAGCUCAUCCUCCUAUGACUCCAGACAUUCUAGAUCCUACUCCAGGUCACGAACAAGAUCCAGAUCCAGACGGAGGCAUCAUUCGAGUUCAUCAUACAGCAGUUACUCUGAUUACAGCAGAUCCAGAUCUCGAUCUUCCAGGUCAUAUUCUAGUUCCCGUUCAAGAUCCAGGUCCUACAGGUCUUACACAAGGAGUAGGAGUUUCAGUUACUCAAGAUCUAGGUCAAGGUCAUACAGGCGGUCACGGUCUAGACAUCGUUCUCGCUCUUACAGUCGCUCAUCUCGUCAUUCCCAUUCUUCAGACACUGAAAGUCCCAAAAAGCAUUACAGAAUACGCAGUAGUGACAUUGAGAAGGCCAAACAAGAGGAUCCACUUGAUAUUCCCUUACCAAACUUCAAUGAUGAUGAAAAAUCAGCCGAAAACUUGGUCAAAAAGAUCAAGGACAAGAAGCAACAGAAUUCAGAGUUGGUCAAAAAAGGGAUUGAAGCUAGCAAACAAGCAGAAAAAGAUAACAAGAAUAUUCCAGAGGGCACUGACUUCAAUGAUAUUCCUCUACCUGCUGCAGAGACAACUAAAACGUCUACAGCUCAAUCAAACCCUCCACCCCCACCCCCAUCUCAACAACAGGAGAUUGGACCUUAUGGUAUGCCUGUUCCUCAGUAUGGAAUGCAUUAUGGGCCUCAUGAUAGAAUGUCUGGACCAAUGCAUCCAGGCAUGAGGUAUCCACCACCUCAUGAUAUGAGGUAUGGGCAUCCCCGCAUGGGUCCCAUGGGUCCUUAUGGACCCAGACGACCACCACAUCAUGACAUGAGGUAUGGGCCACCAAGGAUGGGCCCAAUGCAUGAUGGCUACCAUGGACCACGUUAUCCUCAUAUGAGACCUCCACCAGGCUAUGGACAUCCCCCACUUCCACCUCCAAAGUCCUCUACACCUCCUCCCCCUGAACCUCCAAAAGAAGAGGAGAAACCUGUUGAAGAAAUUGCUCCAAAUCCGUCCAUUGUUAUACCUCCUGAGCAAGCAGAACAGUACAAGCGUCUUCAGGAACAGGCUCAGAAGCAUGCCAACAAACAGAUGAGGAGGCAGAAGAAACUAGAGGCUGGUGAACCUUUCAGCGAGUCUUCAGAGUCAGAGGAAGAAGAGCCCAAGAAGGAAGAGGAAGAAAUAGAAAAUGUAGAGGAUGCUCUCUCUGAUGAUCUACAACAAAGUAUGGUAGCCAUACCAUCACCGUCUCUUUCAAUUGCUCAACCAACAAUUCUUAUAGCACAACCACAAAUGGCUGGAGUUGGAGGACUAUCGUUUUCCCCUCAAUUGAUUCAAGCUGGGCAGCCACAGCAAUUCUUAUUACCACAAGGUGUAACCCUGGGACAAAAUGCGUUUGGACAAACCAUUGCCAUCUCCCAAGCAUCUGGUCUUUCUCUAUCGCAAGCUGGCCAUCCCCUGUUUUCUGGAGCCCCAGUUUUUGCUCAUCCGUCACCUACCACCUCGAUAUCGGCCUUAGCGGCAGCUGCUGCAGCAGGAGCUCAGCCUGCCCACCUACCGACUGGUUUGAGUCACCAGAUGUCGCUAGGGGUAGGGGGUGGCUUGCCAUUAGGACUGGGUCAACCGACCCUCAUCCAGCACCCUCUAUUUGCCCAGCAGCAACUCGCUGCACAGCUUCAGGCAGCAACGCCCCAAUUUUACUCCGGAGGCCUGCAACAUACAGCAGGACCUGUGAUUGUGGGGAACCGACUGUUGCUGCCAAGCAUAGUGAGACAGUGAUAGAGACCUGACAGUGACUGACCCAGUGCCAAUUAUUUAUCAUUAUUUACAACACAAUGUUUUGUGAUUUUCAUCAUUGCUCUAAUGUUUCUUUCAUUAUUUUUUUCAAUUAUGUAUUAUGUAAAAAUUUUUAUGCAUUGGACCUGAAGUUGAAUGUACCAUACCUGACGGAGACAGGUACUUGUUGAUAAAGUGUGGAUAUUUCAAUUCAUGCCUAGUCAGAAAUUUUUAUGCAACUUGAAUAUGAUCAUACGAUAUAUGAAAAUAAGAAGAAAAACCCAUUUCAUAUCAGAUUUUUUUUGCGUGUUUUUAAGGGGAUAUGUUUUGUGUAUAUCACAACAGUGCUAUGUAUUUAUAGGAUGUCUGUAAGUCUUGUUUUAAUUUAGAAAUCACUGAAUGAGUGUACAUGAAUAACUGCUGAGAAACAAAUGUGACAAUCCAUUGUCAAGUUAAUGCUUGGAAACUGCAGAUUACAUUCUACUUGGCAAUUUUAUUUAAUACACAAGAGUUUGGAAGGAGGUCUGUCUGUAUAUCAUAUUUAUGUACAGUUACAUUGUAUGUAAAUGUAUAUCGCAUCAGGUUUUAAGAAAACAGAUAUAUUAAAAUAGUGUCUUCAAUUUUAUGAAAUAUUCAAAAGUUAAAUAGAUAGAGAUCUAUGAUUGAAUUUGUUUAAAAUGUAUUUGUUUUAAACAAUUAAUUGAUCUAAAUUACAAUAGACCAUUUACUUUCUGCUUUUAUAUGAUGUUAUGGGUAGACAGUUUUCAAUGCUUGAUCAAUUGCUUGACAGCUGUAGGAGACUGUUUUUUUUCUGGUAUGUGUUCAGUGUGAGAUGUAUGAAUGAGUUUUAUUCAGUUCAUAUUUUAGUGUGGGGAAAAUGUGUAUGUGGUUAAAAAAAAAAGCUUUCUGAUUUGUUAAUGCCUUGUUACAACAUUGGUGUUGCUCAAAGCAAGAGAAAAAUUGAAUAAAAAUUUAUAAUUAUGA